UGUCUUCCUUCUUUUUCUCGGGAAACAAACAAAACAGAAACAAACGCUCCCUACGCGUCCCUGUUCAAAGCUCUCUUCUAUUUUUCCCCAUCAUACCCACACAUCUCAUCAUACAAUACAUCUUAUAUAUGAUCUCUUCCUUUUCUCUUACCUUAAGAAUCUCAAAUCUUCUUUGGAAUCUUCUAGUCUCUGCGAUUCUCCGAUCCUUCCAUUGAUGGGUUCGAGUCUCUCUCUCUACAAUUCCGACCUCGACGGCUCGUCGAAUUCGCAAUCGAAGCCUGGUCUCGGCGAUUUGCCGGAGAGUUGCGUCGCGUCGAUUCUGGGUUACUUGGAGCCGACGGAGAUUUGCAGGUUGGCGAGGCUGAAUCGGGCGUUUCGCGGCGCGUCGUGGGCGGAUUUCGUUUGGGAAUCGAAGCUUCCUUCGAACUAUGGGGUUCUCGUUCGGAAGAUUCUGGGUGAUUCGGUGCAAAUUUUGGGUAAGAGAGAGAUUUAUGCGAGGCUUUGUCGCCCUAAUUCUUUCGAUGGGGGUACCAAGAAAGUUUGGUUGGACAAAAGCACUGGUGGUGUUUGCUUAUCCGUUUCUUCAAAUGGGUUAGCAAUCACUGGGAUUGAUGAUCGGAGAUAUUGGAAUUAUAUCCCCACGGAAGAAUCUAGAUUCCAAACUGUCGCAUAUCUCCAGCAAAUUUGGUGGUUUGAAGUGGACGGAGAGGUCGAAUUCCCUUUCCCACCAGGGACGUAUAGCCUAUACUUCAGGCUGCUGUUAGGGAGGGCCGCCAAGAGGUAUGGUCGCCGAGUCUGCAACACCGAGCGCGUCCAUGGUUGGGACAUAAAACCGGUGCAGUUCCAGCUGCAUACUUCAGAUGGCCAGAGUGCUUCAUCUCAGUGCUUUUUAACUGCACCUGGAAGAUGGAAUAUCUACAAGGUCGGAGACUUUGUUGUAGAGAAUGGCAAUGCUUCAACAAAGAUCAAAUUCUCCAUGACCCAAAUUGAUUGCACUCAUACCAAAGGUGGUCUUUGUUUAGACUCUGUAAUGAUAUGUCCAAGUGAAUUCAAGGAGAGGUUAAAGCACUUUUAGAUUGCACUUGACCUUCUCAGAGAUAGGAUUAGGGUGUUGUAUUUUAUUGUUAUAGAGAUGUAGUCUAUAUCCGGAAGAACUGGUAUUAAGUAGUUCUUUGUAGCCUAUGUAAGUAAAUCGCAAUGUGUAUAUUUUUGUUUAUUCAUUUCAGCGUUCUCCAUUUUCAAGGGUGUUUGCUUCCUUGUAUGGGUUUUGGAAAUAAAACUGUUCGAUA